AUGGAGGUAGAGUCUCCGGAGGAGCGGUCCCCAGCCCCCGGCUACAAGCGCUCUGGCCGCCGCUACAAGUGCCUGUCCUGUACCAAGACAUUUCCAAAUGCACCCCGGGCAGCACGCCAUGCUGCCACGCAUGGGCCUGCAGACUGCACUGAGGAGAUGGCUGAGGCGAAGCUGAAGCCAGAGACAGACCCCAAAGCGGAAGAUGCCAGCGGGGACAAGGUGUCAGGUGCAGCAGCCAAGCCUCGGCCCUAUGCUUGCCCGCUGUGCCCCAAGGCCUACAAAACAGCACCAGAGCUGCGCAGCCAUGGGCGCAGCCACACGGGCGAGAAGCCCUUCCCUUGCCCCGAGUGCGGCCGCCGCUUCAUGCAACCCGUGUGUCUGCGCGUGCACCUGGCCUCACACGCUGGCGAGCUGCCCUUCCGCUGCGCGCACUGCCCCAAGGCCUACGGCGCGCUCUCCAAGCUAAAGAUCCACCAGCGCGGUCACACCGGCGAGAGGCCCUACACCUGCGCCGACUGUGGCAAGAGCUUCGCCGACCCCUCGGUGUUCCGCAAGCAUCGGCGCACGCACGCAGGCUUGCGACCCUACAGCUGCGAGCGCUGUGGCAAGGCCUAUGCAGAGCUCAAGGACCUUCGCAACCAUGAACGGUCCCACACCGGCGAGCGCCCCUUCCUCUGUUCAGAGUGCGGGAAGAGCUUCUCCCGCUCUUCCUCGCUGACUUGCCACCAGCGCAUCCACGCCGCGCAGAAGCCCUACCGCUGUCCAGCCUGUGGCAAGGGCUUUACGCAGCUCAGUUCCUACCAGAGCCACGAGCGCACGCACUCGGGCGAGAAGCCCUUCUUGUGCCCGCGCUGUGGUCGCAUGUUCUCCGACCCCUCAAGCUUCCGGCGCCACCAGCGGGCACACGAGGGCGUGAAGCCCUACCGCUGCGAGAAGUGCGGCAAGGACUUUCGGCAGCCGGCCGACCUGGCCAUGCAUCGGCGGGUGCACACGGGCGACCGGCCAUUCAAGUGCCUGCAGUGUGACAAGACAUUCGUGGCGUCCUGGGACCUCAAGCGGCACGCGCUGGUGCACUCGGGCCAGCGGCCAUUCCGCUGCGAGGAGUGCGGGCGAGCCUUCGCCGAGCGAGCCAGCCUUACUAAGCACAGCCGGGUGCACUCGGGUGAGCGCCCCUUCCACUGCAAUGCCUGCGGAAAGUCCUUCGUGGUCUCAUCCAGCCUGAGGAAGCACGAACGGACCCAUCGAAGCAGCGAGGCCACAGGGGCUCCCCCGCAACAGGAGCUGGUGGUGGGGCUGGCACUGCCGGUCAACAUGGCUGGCGAGGGCUCCGCCGCCCCGGCAUCAGGGGCGGCGCUCGGAGACCCUCCAGCUGGGCUGCUGGGGCUGCCCCCGGAAUCGGGUGGUGUGAUGGCUACCCAGUGGCAAGUGGUGGGCAUGACGGUGGAGCACGUGGAGUGCCAAGAUGCAGGGGUUGGGGAGGCUCCUGGUCCCUUGGGGGCGGCAGGUGAGGUGGGGGGUGAGGAGGUGGAUGCGAAACCACCCCAGUUGGUGUGCCGGGAGUGCAAGGAGACGUUCUCCACGCUGACAUUGCUGCGACGGCAUGAGCGCUCCCACCCAGAGCUCCGGCCCUUCCCCUGCCCCCAGUGCGGCAAGAGCUUCUCAGACCGGGCUGGGCUGCGCAAGCAUAGCCGCACCCACAGCUCCGUGCGCCCCUACACCUGCCCCCACUGCCCCAAGGCCUUCUUGAGUGCCAGCGACCUGCGCAAGCACGAACGCACCCACCCUGUGCCCACUGGCGCCCCCACGCCCCUCGAGCCCCUCGUGGCUUUGCUAGGAAUGCCUGAAGAGGGACCAGCCUGA